UUUAUUGCGUUUUGGUAUUUUUGUAGUCGGAGUCAGCUGACAAAUGUUUUGAGUUUAAUUUUCAACAGCACGUUUUUGAUGAAAUGCACUCGGCUGCAACUCGACCAUCCACGACGUAUAUCCCAGCACCCAGCAUCAGCUCGACCAUCCACGACGUAUAUCCUAGCACACAGCAUGAGCGGAUUGCAUUCCUGGCGGCAGCGCACGUUAGUGUCCUGUUGUUAGUCGCCCCUGGCUGCCCCAGCCACAGUUGAAGAUGAGAUUGUUCGGAGUUCGGCCAAUUUGCAGUGGGCCACGAAAUCCCUCUGACGAAGGCGCAAGUGGGCCCGUGCGCAGCGCCGAUGUCCAUUUGUUCUCGAAUAGCAGUGCAACAGUCAACCAGGCGGCAAUUCACGUCUUAAACGUCUUAGCGUGCGACAUCAGCAGUUCGCCGUAACUGCGGAAGCGCCCAACUGUGUUACACUGCCGGCAUGCAUAGCCACCAUGGCCCAGGAUGGAGGUGGGGUCAAUUGAGACCUGUACAAUUCGCAGUAGGCUCUGUAUCCUUUCCCUUUGAGAUGAGUAAAUGUUAAUUGUACCCUUCCUCUUAGGAUCUUCAAAGUGACAUUCGUCCGGGAAGCAGCCCAGAGCAGAGCGCGUUUACAGACUACAUACGAGAGGCCGUAGUGGAACACCCAGCGGCACGCAGACGUACCAGAGCAUGCUUCUGGGAGCUAUGCUUUGUCCACGAAUCAGUUCCGACAGCCUUGGUUCCCUCACUGACGGCGUGCUUGGCCAACUCUCCGGGCAGGAGCAGGCGAACAGCCGUUUGGAUCUCCCGACUGGUUAUGGUCGAGCGCUUGUUGUAGUGAGCCAGACGAGACGCCUCGGCAGCAAUGCGCUCGAAGAUAUCAUUCACAAAGCUGUUCAUGAUGCUCAUCGCCUUCGACGAAAUGCCGGUGUCAGGGUGGACCUGCUUCAGGACCUUGUAAAUGUAGAUGGCGUAGCUCUACUACCUCUUGCGCUUCUGCUUCUUAUCGGUCUUGGUGAUGUUCUUCUGGGCUUUGCCAGCCUUCUUGCCUGCCUUUCCACUAGUUUUCGGCGGCAUUUUUCACUUCACUUAUGAUUUCACAAACACAACUCACUGCCAAUUUCAUGUAGACAUAUAGGAAAUAAUGUCGAUGUCUUAUAGAAUACAUGUUAAUAUCAUUUAAAUAAAUCGUGUGUAUAUUUAAAAUGCUUUAAUAGUGAAUAUUUAAUACAUGCAUACCUUAUGUAAAAAAAUGUAGCUUUCGUAAAAUGCAUAUAGAAUUUAAAACUGUGUCAAUUUAUUGAGUCGUGUAAAAUUCUGAAACAAUUCAUUGUUUUAGAAACUUUGUAUUCAUUAUAUGUACAGUUUUUUUUAUAAUUUAUAAAUAAUGCAUCAACACAUAAACUUACAAGGCUUGUAAAAAAAAUUAAUUU